AAGAGGUCGUAUCACGUGACCUGUUUAAAUAUCCCAUCAGCUGUCGUGCUCGGAAGAUCUUUAUGGUCGAGCCCGAGCGGAGAGAUUGUGUGAGCAAAAGAUGGCGGACGGAAUGAAAAUCAUCCUCAACUCCAGCGCUGGCGGCUUGGAAGCCGAGGAACCGCUGGCUAAAAGGCUGAAGCUCGGGGAGGUGUUAAAGAGCGGGGACACGGCGGCCUCCGAGGAGCAAGAGCUGGGAAAAAUCGUCAGCGAGUCCGGGGCGGCGGCGGAGCAGCAGCGGCCGGGAGAGGGGGUGCAGGGACAGGCCUCAGAGGCACCAGGCGGAGACAAUGGGCUGCAGGACUCUGAACUACAGGAGGGGCUGGUGGUGGUGGAGGAGGAGGAGGAGGAGGAGAAGAAGGAUCUGAUCGGGGUUUCUGCCACAGAGCGAGGAGAUGGAACAGCCCAGAACGAGGAUAUCCUCCUGAAUGGAUUUGAUUCAUAUGAUUGUGAUGAGGACGAUACAUCUUCACAUGCAAGUUCAAGUGACUGGACCCCACAACCUCAGAUAGGUUCGUAUAGUUUUAUUCAGCAGCAUAUUAUGAGGGAGACAGACCCGAGGACCAUCUUGAAAGACCUUCUCCCAGGAACUGUGCUUCCGCCUGACCUGGAUGAUAUGACUCUCUGGCAGAUUGUGAUUAAUAUAUCGGAACCUCCAAAAAGAAAGAAACGGAAAGACAUCAAUACAAUGGAAGAUGUUGUCAGGCUGCUGCAAGAAUGUACAAAAAUUAUGGUGUUGACUGGAGCUGGGGUUUCUGUGUCCUGUGGAAUACCUGACUUUAGAUCCCGUGAUGGUAUUUAUGCACGUCUUGCAAUAGAUUUUCCUGACCUUCCGGAUCCACAAGCAAUGUUUGAUAUUGAAUACUUUAGAAGAGACCCUCGGCCAUUUUUUAAAUUUGCAAAGGAAAUCUAUCCAGGACAGUUCCAGCCAUCUCCAUGUCACAGGUUCAUUGCAAUGUUGGAUAAACAGGCAAAGCUUCUUCAGAAUUAUACUCAGAACAUUGACACACUGGAACAGGUGGCUGGAGUCCAGAGGAUCAUUCAGUGCCAUGGUUCUUUUGCAACGGCAUCAUGCCUAACGUGCAAAUAUAAGGUUGACAGUGAAGCUGUUAGAGAAGAUAUAUUUAAUCAGGUUGUGCCUCGAUGCCCCAAAUGUCCACCUGAUCUGCCUCUUGCUAUCAUGAAACCAGAUAUUGUUUUCUUUGGAGAGAAUUUACCAGAACAGUUUCACAGGGGCAUGAAGCAUGACAAAGAUGAGGUUGACCUCCUGAUUGUCAUAGGGUCUUCACUGAAAGUACGACCUGUGGCUCUUAUUCCAAACUCCAUUCCCCAUGAAGUACCUCAGAUUCUAAUCAAUAGAGAACAGUUACACCACCUUAACUUCGAUGUAGAAUUGCUUGGAGAUUGUGAUGUUAUUAUCAAUGAACUAUGCCAUAGGUUGGGUGGAGAUUAUGAACAACUAUGCUACAACCCUUUAAGACUUUCUGAGAUCACAGAAAAGCCCCCUCGUGCGAUCAAAGAGUCCAAACUACAGUUCACUGACCUACCACCUACCCCCCUCGAACUUACAGAAGACUCCAAUUCCUUGGAACAAAUUAGUGAGGACACUCGUACCUCCAAGCAAGUUUCAGAAGAAACAGCAGGAGCUCAGCAAUCAAACCAUUUAGGGUCUACCUCUGAGCUCCCACAAGCUAGCUGUACAGAAAACCCUCCACAGAACAGGACUGAAAUUGUUGAAGGAAAUGCAAAAACAGAUACGGGGGAUUUGCAAACCGCAAAGAAUGAGGAGUGUCCAGAGUCAGGUGAAAAUAAAUCUGAUCUUGAAAUUCUCAGAAGAUGCUGGCUGAGUAGAUUUGCAAAAGAACCAAUCAGCAAGCGCCUUGACAAUUCUCAAUACCUGUUUCAAGCACCAAAUCACUACAUUUUCCAUGGAGCUGAGGUAUACUCCAAUUCAGAGGAUGAGUCCUUGAGUUCCUGUGUCAGUCACAGUGACAAUGAGUCAUGUUGCAGCCCUGGAGAGGAGGGAGAGGAUGAUAGCGACGGAGAGGAGUUCUAUGGCCGAGUCGAAGAGGAGGGUUCAGACGAUGAAGACUGCUUCAGAGAUGGCAGAGAAGAAUUAGAAGCAGGAACAAAUGACUUUAUAGACAUGCUGAGGAAUCAAAGAGACAAUAAACCUGAAGAUAUAAAAAAUGUGACACAAAUGUAAUAAAAUGUAAUGCCUACAUUUAUUUGCUACUUGUCCACCAGCAUUAGCAGUCACCUGACAGUGGAAAGGAACAAAGGAUGCUGUCCUGAAUUUUUGUUUUGUUUUAUUAAGAGGAGAUUUAUUUGUAGAUUUUUUUUUUAUUAUUAUUAUUUUGGCUAUUUAAAUUUCGGGUUAUGCUCUCACAUUUGACCACCUUACAUUUCCCAGCAACGUUCUGUGCUUCUGAAGUUUUGUUAUAUACCCCUUGUAAUUGUACCCAUGCUGUUUGACAACAGCUGCUUUAAAAUGUUCUUUCAGACCUUUUCACUUUGCAGUUUAAAAAAGCCAUUGAUUGGUAACAGGAUGAAAAAAGGGAACAGAAGACCAAAGAACAGGAGUUUUUUUCCACAUCCACCAAUUCAUUUUUAUGUUAGAAGUAAAUCUGUUGCUUUUGCUCUUUUGAACUUCUUACAAAAAUAUGUCGAAUGAACACUGGCAUUUAUUCUAAAGACUUACUCUGGCAGCUACUUUUUAUGGUAAAUAGUCUAGUAGUAGUGUUAUUUUUGUAUUUUGUAAUAUUUUUAAGGCAUACUCAGUGUAAGUACUAUAGGCGACAAAGAAAUAGCACUUGGAGUAUGUAGACAUUUUACGCCUUACAGAAAAUUGUGACAGUGCAUCAGUGAGCACUGGCUCAGCUUUUUAUUUUAACACAGAAAUGAUUCUCUUCCUGUGGAACUGCAGUAAUAUUUCGAAUGUUUUAAGAGUGUAAAGAAAUACUUUAGACUGGGACAUGAUUCUCAAAGCUAAGCUAAUACGGAUAAUUUGAAAUGUAAAUUGUUGUGGAAACAUGUGCCUGCUUUCUAAACUUUUAUUAAUAAUGUUGGUGGCUGUAUAGUUUUGUUUAGGAAUGGCCGUCACUGUGGUACAGCUCAUGUAAGCAUUAUUAAGAAUGCCUUUCCAUGAAGCAUUUACACUGCCAAAAUGUGAAUUAUACAAGCCUUUUCUUUUAUAUAUAUAUAUAUAUAUAUAUAUAUAUAUAUAUAUAUAUAUAUAUAUAUAUUGAAAAUACUGUUUGAAAACACAACUGUAAAGAGCUUUUAACAUUUAAAAGCAAUGUAUUUUACAGCAAGAAACAUUUUACACUGGUCCGUGUGGUAGAAGCUUUGAAUGUGCUUUGAAAAUUGGUCAGAAGCUGCUGGAUUACCUUGCAGCUGGCUUUCAGAAAAGAUUUUAAUCACAUGGCACACAGUAUUAUUUAUUACAGAAACUUUAGGUGCAAUCCACCAGGAUAGUCAACUUUAUAACUAGAUAUUAAACUGGCUUUAAAUGUUCACAUGGGUGCAUCUGAUUUAAUUUUUUGUUUGAAAAAUGUUAAUUUCAAAGCCCACCAGUGUCUACUAUGUGGCCAGUUCUACAGAGUAUUGGUGUUCCCAGGAAUCUACUCACAUUGAUUAAAUGUGAGACAGAAAUCUAAACUAAAGUGAUACCUAAACACUAUUUCCAAAUGUAAAUAUCACAUGAGUAGAAAGAACAAAAAUCAGUUUUUACAUUUGUUUUACGUUACAGUAAAAGAUACACAUUUUGUUUGACAUUGGCUCUAUCAAGAUAAAAUUCUGAAUUGCAGGAUGGCCUUUUGUUUUGGUGUGUAUCUACUGUACAAGAUUUUGGGAAGACCCAGAUGCUUCCUCUGCUGUAUUAAAAUGCAGUAUCUUUACAUCCAUUGAUUGCAUGAUGCUAUUUGUCUGUUUUUUGUUCAAGGAACUGUUGAAAUCACAAUCUUGUUUUAAUUUAUUUUAUACAAUAAUGUUUUCUUUAUGCUCCUUUGUACUGUGUGUAUCUAUCUACCUACCUAAUUAUAUAUAUAUAUAUAUAUAUAUAUAUAUAUAUAUAUAUAUAUAUAUAUAUAUAUAUAUAAUUUUUACAUAAUCUAUGGCAUACUUUUAUAGUUACCAGCUAGAACAGUACAUUAACAGUAAAACUUUUGAAAAAUACAGGAGCAAUGUUUUAUAUUUUUGUUUUGUUAAAAUGUCAUUUUAUGUUGCAUUGGUUGUAAAAAAAAAAAUGUUGCAUUGGUUACAAUUUUCUUUUUUUAGAAGUUUAAAUUUUUAUAGCAAAUUCUAUUCUGGCAUUCUUGACUGCUGUUUUAUUCUACUGAUACUCGUUCAUAGUUCUUCACUGUUGUGAACAUUAUUUUGUGGGUUAGUAAUAGUUUAUUCAUCCUUUCUAUCUUCAGUCAUGUGUUUCUAACAUUAUGUAAUCCAGUCUAGUACACAUCAAAAUAUGUAUUUGGAUUUGUAAUAUAAUGCAAUAAACAUUGUCUUGACAUC